CCAUAUUAAUUAGCUUUCCAUUUGCCUUGAUAGAACUAAGAGAUUGUACCAAUUUAUCCCAUAAUACGAUGAAGAUCAAACUUUUUGUGGGACCAAAAACUUUUGCAAACUUCACAACAAUGGAGGUCAGGUCGAAGGUAAACAAAUCAGCCAAUCAGAUUUCGUCAUUAGAAACACACAGCAGGUGCGACAUCUUUAAAUCAAAUGAAAAAUAUUUGCUAACAUCUACCUACCUCACUGUCAAGACUGAAUUUUGCUCAAGUAAUAGUUGGACAAAUUGCAGAAGUUAUAUAAAUGAUAAAAAGUGCUCAUAAAUCUUCAUAACAUUACCCUUUUCUAAGAUAAACAUGCAUGAGAUCUAUAUGUAGGCUAUAAAAAGGCUCAAUGUCACCAAUCGAAACACCAUGCCAUAAAUCGAAAAAACAGCGGAGGUCUGCACAAACUGAACUGAUAUAUGAAUUCUAAAUAGUGUAAGAUGGGAUUAUCACCCCAAAAUGGUAUGUUGUUCUUGUUUUUUCAAGAGUUACAAAUCGUUA